CAAUAUUCUUGUAAACAAUGGAUGUACUGUUGGAUAGUGUGCAACACCUUGGUCAAUACCUGGCAACACAUUAUUUUAUUACUUUACUCGUAUUUGGAGUUGUAUUCGUUAUAAUCAAGUACUAUCGUAGAGAUGACAGUAAACACUGGGAGGACAGGAAUGUGAGGGGAAAGGACGUUAAAAUGCCAUCUUUUUGGACAUUUAUAUGGAAGAGACAAUCGUCGGAAGUGGUACUACAGGCCAUGGCAGACAAAUACGGCAAUCUAUAUGGCAUUAGACAGUUUGGGAAGACUGUUAUUAUCUGUAGUAAACCCGAUAUCAUUAGUUUAGUGCUCAGCAAAGAAUUCACUAGUUUUACGAAUAGGAGGAAUAUGAAUUUAGACAGCGACCCGUUGUUUAGUAAUAUGCUUCAGGCGGUGAUGGAUGACCAGUGGAAACGGUUGCGAGCGAUAGUAUCGCCCACUUUCUCGACCGGAAAGUUACGCAAAAUGCGGCCAUUGAUUGACGACUGUUUGCAAACAAUGAUCAAUAAUUUGAAU